CGCCGCCACACUCCUCCACGUAUCGCUCACCGCGGCCCUGGUGACUCUCCAUGCACCGUUUUACGCGUUUCCCGUUCAUACCGAGAGACCGAACCGAACGACUCCCCCUGUGCCGUGUGCCCGUUUAUAUGUGAGUGCGUGCGUGCGUGCGACCUACCAAGUGAGUGAGUGAGUGCGCGUUUUGAACUUUUAAUAGUUUUUUUUUUUCCAUUGUAGUAUUCGUACGUUGGCUCAUUCAAUCACCAAAACUGAAAUACAACGUUGGCUUACUGUAUUUAUCAUUGACUUUACGUCGACAUGAUUGCGGUGACUGCCCUAGGCGUCCACCAUCUACACGGGAUUUUCUCGUCCCCGGUUGUCGGCCUCGAGACGUCGACGUAACACCAACAACCCUCACCAGUCCUAUCCCUUCUUGACUAUUACUUAGUAACAUUCUACCCCAUCAGAAGGAUUAUCAUUGUGAUGACGCACGAAAAACACACAUGUCAUUCAGUUGCAGUUUAAUGGAAUAAUUAUUUUAUUAUUAUCAUUAUCACGAAACUCGUUAGCCACCAUUAGAUACUGGCACACUUGUAUUCGUUGAUUUUUCACUCAUCGGUGUACCCUUUGACCAGCGUUUCGUAUGAUUUUAACGCCCCGGCGGCUACGAUCGCUAAAGUAAAAUAGGCGAGAAAAAAAAUCGUCGCGCCCUGUCCCCUCUCACCCAGUCGCCGUACGUCAAGCAUCCGGUUGCUGCGCUGUGAGUUUUCUCUGGACGACGUUUUUCCUCCGCCUCAGUUACGUCCUUGCUUCACCGCUGUCGUAGGGAUGUUCAACUUCAGGGUUAUGAUAACCGUUCCGAAAACAGAAAAUGGUGAUAACGCGUUUUUCGAACUGCAGUAAACGGCACCUUUGCUGUAGCGGUCGUGUCGUCGUUUUCACUAGCUGACACAGAUUACACGUCUACUCAGCUUUAUACAGAUAUCAAAAAGAAAAAACGUAUCUCUGAUCAUUACUAUUUAGUUGCUGACAAUGUUGGGGAGCAGCAUGCACCAUCAUCGGAAUAUGUCAUUUCCUCAUGGUGGUUCUGUGAUACACAAUGCUAUGCCUCCUUCACCUGUUAGUAAAAAGUCUGUAGGUAGUGGACGACUAAAUGCCGUAGUGAACAAACUUCAUUUAGCAAAACAGUGUACUUCUGAACCUGUGUACCCUGAAAUGAUUGAUGAACAUAAUUCAAUUUCAAUCCUGCAUAACUUGCUAAAUCCAUCUUCAUCGCCAUCACUACCACCAUCAUCUAAUAUAGAGAGAAAAACAUUACGUGCCCCACCUGCAUUAUUUCCACUUACUUCUGAAGUAACAAUACAACGUUAUCCAAUUAUUCAUCCAGUCAAUGAUAGACCUUUAGAUGUUUUUCAACGACUUAAACGUUUGGGAACUGAUAUUGAAAUGGAAGAAAUUCACAACAAUGAAACAACACUGAGUAUAAUUCCUACACCAGUUGCUUCAUCUCAGAGUGCACCUAAAUCAAUCUCUUCAACUAUGAAUUACAAAACUAAUUCACCAGCUACUAGUCUAAUAGUUAUGCCUAAAACUAAUGUGUUCAAUAACAGGAAAAUACCUGAACCUUCUGUUGUUUUGGAAGUGAAAGUGACACCUAAACAGCAAAAAGCUCAAACUCAAAAUAUUUCUAGUUGUAAUACUAAACUUAAAAACUUUGAAUUUUCAAUUGACCAGUCACAAAUUCGUGUAACAAAUAAUGGUCACAAGCUUUAUUCAUGUAAUAUAUGUUCGGGUAUUUAUCAACGAAGGGGUGCCUUAAAGAAACAUUAUUUAAAAGCUCAUAUCAACUAUCAUUAUUUAACAUCCCGGGAUCUGCAAAUUGCAGGCUUUAGAGGUGAGCGACUUGAUAAAAUGUUAGACAAAUGGAAAGACACUAAUGGUCAAAUUGGUUAUUAUCACUGUCAUAAAUGUUGUUUAUCAUUUGAUACACCAUUAGAAUUAAGAAGGCAUGUAUCCAACCACCCUCCUCCUGUUAUUUUGCAUACAUUAGCUGUUAAGAAAUUAUCUGAUGUAGUUACCAAAGUUUGUGAACUAUGUUUAUAUUGUGAUAAAAAAAUUGAAAAUGAAGAUGAUAGAAAAACUCAUUUAUCUAAAGUGCAUCCCCCUAAAAGAAGAUGUCACAUAUGUAUUUAUUGUCAAUUUAACUUUUUUGAUUUAUAUACUUUACAUAAACAUAUGUGUACCCUUCAUGAAGAUGUUUAUUAUGGUUGUGCUGAGUGUAAAGAACGGUUUUUAACCAGAGAAUUAGCCAAAAACCAUAAAAGUAUUUGUUUAAAUAAUUUAUGUAUUAAAUUAAAACCUGAAACUAGUUUUAAAAAAGAAGAAUUUCAUUAUGAAGAGCCUAUAGUUGAACUGAUAGAACUUAAAGUAGAAGAACAUAAAACAGUAGAUAUUAAAAAAGAACCUCAUUUUCUGAUUGAAGAAUUACAGCAAAACGAGGAAUUAAGUAAAAAAGAAGAAAUUAAAAAAAAAGAUGAUACCAAAGAAUAUCCUUAUUAUUGUCCAGAUUGCAAUAAAGGUUUUACUCAACAACCUAAUUUAGCUCGACAUAUGAGUUUAGGACAUGGAAAAAAAUUAGAGUACAAAAAGACUACAAAAAAAUUAUUACAAACAAUCAGUAAAGUAAUUUUACCCAAAAAACCUAUUGUAAAAAUCCAAGAAAAAGAAUUAAAAGAUGAGAUUCAAGACUUAAGUGCUAAAGGAACUCAGUUUGUCUUUCUUAACAAUAAAAAUGAAUUAGUCACUAAACAAGGGGUACCUUUUGAUAUAUCUUUUAUGAAUCUUGAAAUUCAAAACAGAAUCAAGCGUAUGGUACCAUCUUUAAAUCCUAAUUCAUCAUUGAGUGAAGAUGACAUGACUUUAGGUUCUUUAGAAGCAGAUGCAGCAUCGUCAUAUGGUUAUCGUAGUCCUCAUGAUCCCGAAAGAGAAAAACUUGAAGGAUUUAGUGGUGAAUGGCUAUAUCCUCGUACCUACAUUUGUUCUGCUUGUCCAAUGAAAUGUUCCAACAUUUGGGAUAUUUACUAUCACAAAUGGAAUGCACAUCCUAAUGUACUUUGUCAUCAUUUCGAUAUACCUAUAGAUCAACUUCCAACUAAUAAAUGGCGACCAGAACGAAAUUUAAGCAGGAUUGGAUUGUUAUCUGAAUGUGAAGAAUUGAAAACUGAACUACAACAGUGUUCAAAAUGUGGAAAAACAGAAAAUGAUAUUGCUCAACUACAUCGUCAUUUACUAGAUUGUGGUGGUGAUACUGAGUGGCUCAAAACUAUGGUACAUACUACAAAAUCACCAAAUAGCAAAAAAUCUAGGAAAAAUUGGAGACCUUUUAAUUUUCGAAGACGUAAAAAUGGCAGAGCAAGACAUGGUUUAAAACGAACCCCUCCUACACCUCCUUUACCUGUUGUUAAAACAAAGCCGGGUGAUGCUGAAAGUGUAAGUAGAAUGAUUGCUGAUCUCCCUCCAAAAAGAGUAACAAGAAGAUUAGUUUUUGAAACUCCUAAUGGAAAUAAUCAAGCAACAAUUAAUAGUAAGUCUGUGAGACAUAAGGUUCCAUAUGAUAUGAGCCGAAAUCUGACUAUCUCAAGUUCAACAACAUAUAGUAAGAAAAUAAAGAAACCACUGCCAUUAUCUACUGAAACUGCCAAUUUAAUAUCUGAAGCUCCUGAUUUUCUGCGUAAAUUAAAUAUUAUGCGAGCUCCACCUAAGCAAAUAGAACAAACUACUGGACCAUUUAGUAAAAAUGAAACAGAAGAAAUAAUUGCAGCUAUGAAAGAAACAUUGAUGGCAUCACCAGCACCAACUCCUGUUGUUCUACCCAAAAAAAGAAAAAGGAUUCUUUAUGAUUUUAAACAACUAGCUGAAAAAAUUGCAAAACAUGAUCAUAAUGAAAUUCUUGAUCCAGAUACAAAAGAAAUUGAGAAUACUGACACACCAAUAGAAGAAACUGUUGUUCGAAUACCUACAAUUAAAAAGAAAGGUAAAAACUUGAUGAAUGAAGUACAAGUUGAUUUAAUUAAACAAAAUCGACUAAGGCGAAAAAGAAAUGUCCCUGAAAAAGGUUUAGAAAAUCCAGUAGUUCCACUUAAAAAAUCAAAAUUUGAACCUCAAACAAAACUUGUAAAAAAUAUAGCUCCAGAAAAAGAAGUAAAAGCAGAAGUUAUUCAAAUUAACAAGAAAAAAACAAAAAAAAUCACAAAAAAAGUUAUUAAUGAAAAAGUAAUUUCCAAAAUUCAAACAAGAAACAGCAAAAAAAACACUAUUGCAAAAUCAUCUUCAUUAGAAUUAGAUCCUUUAAAUGAGAAGUCAUUAAAUAAUGAAUCAUUUUCAAAUUUUAUUGACCUAGAAUCUAGUCAAGAACUAUGUUUAACUGAAAUAAUUGAUAAAAAAAAAGUGACUAAAGUGAAUCCUUUCAAACCAAAGCCAAAACAUAGACGGAAACCUGGUAUAUUUUUUGGGUCAAGAAAAAGAAAGCGAACUACAAAAACUGAAAAUAAAACACAGUCUUCAGCAAAUAAGUUGAAUGUAAUUCUGAAAAACUCUCAAUGUUCAGAUACACUUGUAGUAGAAGUAGAUAGCAAAGAACAAAUAUUAUCUAAUUCUGAAGAAAUAUUCAAUGAACUUGUUAAAUCAACAACUCCACUACAAGAAAAAUGUUUAAAUUCUGACAAAAAUGCUCAGAACGAUUCCAAAGUUCAAUUUAUUGAUAAAGUAGAAGCAAAAGCAAUUACUCCUUUUAGUGCUGAUGCUACAGAAUCAAAAGAACCUGAAGAAAUUGCUGAACCUCGUUGGCAUUCACAAUCUGAUUCUUUUUUUGAUAUACCUUCUACCAUCAGCUUAGGGUCUAUUCUAAGUUCUGUUAAUAAAAUAUUAGAAGGACCCGAUAGUAAUGUAUCUAACUCUGAUGAAAAUGAUUAUUCAUGGUCAGAAUUGCAACGUGCAAUGGGUGCUACAGAUGAAGAAAUGGCAAUAUUGCAAAACUUUGGCACAAAUCCUGCUCAAGAAAAUCAAGAAGUGAAUGGUGAAAAUAAUAUGAAUUUUAUUGACUUAGAUUGUCGACAAGAAGCUUGUACCAAUAAUGAAGAUAAAACAGAAAAACAAGAUAAUACUGAACUAAACUUCAAAUGCAAAGUAUGUGAUCAAUGUUACAAAGGUAUUGCUGCUUUUCGUAUACAUUCCCUUGAUGUACACAGUAUCGAAGAUCCAGAAUUAGUUAAUGUAAUAAAAUCUGAUAAUCUACUCGUCUGUUGGGUAUGCAAGCUUAUCAUGGAAGGAGGAUCAGAAGAACUAGAAGAACACAUGGUAAAAGACCAUGAGUUUGACGAUGCCAAUGGUGAAAAUGGAAAAGAAUUAAAGAACAAAAUGGUCAACAAAUUAGGUGAAAUUUUAGAUCAAGCCUUAAAAAAUCUCAUUUCAUCUACACAAAAACCAAGUAUUGGAAAAAUUUGGAGUGGUGGUGCAAUAACAUUAUUAGGAAAACUAUGUGCUUUACGUAAUAAUGAAAAAGGUACUACUGUGUCAAGUAGUAUUGCGAAUUCAGCACUUGCCAAGGAUUUACGUAAGGUAAUUGGACGUAAUGGCAAUGGUGCCAAUAGUAAACCUCAAUCAAAGAAAUGGCAAUCUGCACAUGCUCUACGUCAAAAUGCUCGUUUAGCUGCAUUAUCUGAAGCUGCUCAGCGAUUAACACCAAUAAUUGAUUCUGAUGAUUCAUCAAGCAUUUAUAAGUGUCCAAUUUGUAAUAUAGGAUUUGAAACUACAAGUACCAGAAAUAAGCAUAUUAGUCGAGCACACAAUGGACCAAAAAAGUCUACUCGUCUUGAGAUUUCUUCACAAACAUCUGACACUAACAAACCAGCGUCUCUCUCAGAAGAAACGGCUGAACCUCCUGCUAAGGUACAUCCAAUGUUUACUGUUGGUGCAUUAAAUCGUAGAGGACUAAAAAAGUUUAACAGUACAUGUGGCGAAGAAGUGCGAGCACGAGCCAAACAAGCCUUACGAGAUCUUGAAAUUAAAUCAAGAUUAAAACAUUACACAUUUUCAGGCGACCAACCUCCACCUAGUUGAAUUUUUAUUAUUGGCCUCCUUUUUUUUGUUAUUUAAUUGUUGUAUAGUACAAUAUGUUUGUUUAUGGUACUAAUAUCUAAAGAUAACCAAACUGUGUUCAAUUCACUCUUGUAAUAUUGUUUUAUAAUUUUUUUUAUACAUAAAUUUAGACUAUAUGGAUUAUAUGUAUAUAUUUGAAAAUAAUUGUUAAAUAUUUUUAUUUGUAAAUAUCAGGUAACUAAUUACUUGUAACCUACAUUAACCUAUAAUGUUCAUACAUAUAAAUAUAUAUAUAUAUUUUUUUUUUAUUAUUUUUAAGACAA